AUGUUCGACUUUGCAAUCAUUCCCAUCACAAUGAUCAUGAUGGGUUGUUGCGCGAAUGUCGUCUCACUCGAAGCCAUCAUCAAAGCUGAUGCAACACAGAGCCAGAUGGUGACAUUCUCUCAGUUUGUCUUUGUAGCGUUUAUGGCAUUCUUGACGAAUAUACAAUGGAGUAGAGUGAAGCCACUGCCUCUGUACGUGCCAACGGGAUUCUUAAAGCGAAAGAUACCAUUGCGCAUUUAUGGACUCAUGGUGUCCAUCUUCUUUGUACUGUGCAUCCUGAACAAUUGGGCGCUGUCGUUCAACAUCUCCCUACCAUUUCACAUGAUAUUUAGAUCCAGCUCACUGCUGGCUACUGUCGUAAUCAGCGCUAUCUUUUACAAACGAAAGUUCACAUUCAAACAGAUCGUCUCAUUGAUCAUGGUCACUGUUGGUAUAACAAUGGCAACAUUUGGUUCAACUCCUGAUCAUAAGAAGGCAAUUAACAUUGGAGAAGAUAGUGCAUCUAUUGUAUCAUUCAUCAUUGGUAUUACCAUGCUCACUGUUGCCAUGUUCCUCUCGUCCAUUCUUGGUCUGAUACAAGAGACAUCAUAUGCCAACUAUGGCAAGGACUGUCAUAGAGAGACCAUAUUCUAUUCACACUUCUUGGCACUUCCAUUCUUUGCUUUGUUCACCAAGGACUUGACAAAGAACAUCUUGGCGAAUAAUAACUCACCGGCUAUUGGAGGUGAUAUACCCUUCAUUCAGGACAUUCCAUCGCUUUGGUUCUAUCUGUUGGUCAACGUGGUCACGCAGUACAUUUGUAUUCAGGGCGUGUUCAUCCUGACGGGAAAGACCAGUACGCUCACAUGCACAUUGGUGAUCAGUUUGCGAAAGUUCAUCAGUAUCAUCAUAUCUGUGCUCUACUUCCAGAAUCCUUUCACUCCAAUGCUCUGGGUGGCCACCGUACUCGUGUUGGUUGGCACAUUCAUCUACAGCGAUCCAUUCAAAGCCAAGGACAAGGCACCUCCAUCACCUCCACCUCCCCAAGCGAUCAAAGAGAAGGAGAAAGAGAAGAUUAAGAAGCAGCAGUAA